AUGGAAGUGGUAGCUAAAACCCAGAAGGAGGACAACAAGAAGUGGUCAGAGCUUCCAGAGGAGUUAGUUGCUUUGAUCGGUGAGAGUAUCAGUUUGUAUGCCGAUUAUGUUCGAUUUCUGUGUGUGUGUGUCUCAUGGCGGAACUCUGUACUUGCAAAAAAAACUCACCUCAACCACCUGCACCCAUCAUCUCAGCAGCAGCGGCAGCGGCAGUAUUUCCCUUUCUUGUUGCUACCUUGUUGUGAUCAGGAGGAGGGUAAGAGUAGUAGUUGUAGUCUUGGAUUAUUGAGCAUAGCCGAGAAUAAUAAGAUUUAUUAUCCCCAGGGUCUUCUCCAAAGUAAGGAGUUUAUGAGCAUGCACUGUCUUGAAUCUUCUCAUGGUUGGCUGGUUAUAGUAGAUGAGAAGGGCACUCCUCCUACUACCGAAACCUUCAAAAUGUAUCUAAUCAACCCUUUCACCAGGGCCCAACUCCCACUUCCACCCAUCUCCACACUUCUUCUUGAUGAUGUGGAUGAGGAGGAGGAGGAGGAGGAGGAGGAGGAGGACCAACAAUAUCCUUCCAGAGUUAAUUAUUCCAAUAAUAUACUCAACUCCUUAAAUCGCUCAAGUGUGAAAAAGGUUGUGUUAUCGUCAAGUCCUUCUUCUUCUUCUGCUUCUCAAUUUCAAUCCCAAUCCUCCAACGUUAUGGCUAUAGCCAUAAUUGAUAUUUCUCCCGGUAGAAUAAUAGCCUUUUCUAGACCUGGAGACAAGGCUUGGACUCCUUUCGCCUCAGAUUCUUUCAUGCAUAUACUAUUCUACAGGGACCAUCUCUAUGCCUUAAGAAGUCGGUGGAACAACAAUGAGAAGGUGAAUGUCCAUGAUAUCUUAAUCUUUCACAUGGACACGAGUGGUACCGGUGGUGGCCAUGGUUGUUGUCCUACUACUCUUCUUCAUCCAAAGCUUGUAGAUACCCUAAAAUCACCCAAGCGAAAGGGAUAUCAUUCUAAAUUGGGACGACGAUCACAGCUUUAUCUGGUGGAGUCGUGUGGUGACUUGUUAAUGGUUGAGAGGGAAGAAGAAUUAUUUUUCCGAUGCCCAAAACCUGGUCUGACCAAAUUUGAUAUCGAUGAUGUUAAAACAAUUGGCUUCAGGGUCUAUAAGUUGUGUCGCUUUAACAACUUGUCCGCCGACGCGUAUCGAAGUGCUUUUGAGGACCGGAAGUCCUUCGAGCAAAUAGAUCUUAGCCAAGAUGUUGAUGCAGGUGAUGGUUGCCUCACUGGUCUCGAGGUACAGUCCUCAGAUUACGAUGACAUUGGUACUGAAGAUCCAGAGGCAGUGACUGAGGAGCACUGCGAUGGAUGUCCUUGUGAUGACUGUGCCUUCGGGGCAUACUGA